GUUGCUGACGAGGCAGUCACGCAGAGUCCAGUUCUUGCUCUUCACCAUCUUGAAAGACAAUCACAAUCUGAAUUUACGAUCCGCUUCCCUGCAUCGUCUCCAGUCUGCGUGUCCCAAAAUUGAUAUUCCUCCCACCGAGACACGCUCGUUUACCCCCGGACCCGCCAUCUCCAAUUUCCUGCACCCCUUCGAUAGCCACAAAGCCGCAAAGAUAUUCUCGACUGCCAAAUCGUCUUCCGACUUCGACACAUGCACGCCUAGUACUUUCUCUCGCUGACGCGCCGCUCCAUCGCCGUCAAAUGACCAUCCAUUCAUUGCGACUUGCCGGCCAUGCCUCUUAUGUCGCGCCGCCGAAGUACUCUGGACACUCUCUUGAACGACGUUCGUAGCAAUACCCAGGAUGGCGCUACUUCUCCCAACUCUGGCUAUGCCACUCCUGCACCGAACACCAGCCGUCCUAUGAGUGCCCAAGAGCCAAUCUCCCCCAUGGAUGUGCUAAGUCUGGGCCCGCCAUCUCCGCCUGUCCAGACAGCUACCCCCGCGACGGCUCGUUUCAGCAUGCUGCGAUGGAGGCAUUUCUCCGACGGUCAGCUUUCAGCCAAAGCGAGGCUGCACGCUGAUUCAGACAAGACUCCUCCGGUGCCUCAAGUCCCUCCUCAGCAUCAAUUGCAAUCUCCUGUGCCAAACCCUCAGAUCAUCACCACCGCCCCAACCAUGGACGAACACAAUCACCCGACCAACCGUACGAGGAAAGCAAAGAGCCCUUUCAAGCGCCAGAUCUCAAAGCUCAGCCCAUCCAAACAACGUCGCGAGUCCACCGAAGAUCACCGACCAUGGCGGAGAGGCCGCUCCGUAGACAUCGAUCGUCUUGUGCCCGACCCUGUAGCACCUCCACCUUACGGCGACGAAUCGAACUCGGCUCUGGCACUGCCGGUCACUCGCUUGUCUGACUCGUCAGGAGAACAACGCAGCUCUGGGGAACAUGUUACCUAUGCCACUACCACCACUACCCACACCAUCUCCACUACCACCACCCUUUUCAAGCUGCCGCGUCGUAACAAGAAGAACAAAUCGCUCUUCCCAUUGCCCGUCAAACUCUCGCCUCCUUCCAACCCUCCUCCGGAACCAGAGACGAGCCGCGGCCCCGCCACGCCUCGACCUUCGACCAGCGCUAUCUCGACUCAUUCGAACAUCGAAUCGCCAGAGAGACAACGGCGACCACCUCCUCUCAGUGCUCUACAACGUCGUCAUACGGAAGCUUCUCGUCCGCGUUUGUUUCUUUCUUCUUCACCAGCUCCGGCUCAACUUGCAAAGUCAUCUAUCACCGCUCUUGCUACUCAUGGAGGAGCUCCGCUGUUCCGGAACGACUCGAGCAACUCCACUCACUCCAACAACUCUUCGCCGAUACUCAAUCCACCCCGUCGCUUUGGUCUGCGAGAUAGGUCUUCCACUGUAAGCUCGUUCGGUCGCCGGUCUGAGGAUCAAACUCCUCCUACGCCCCCUGUCCUUUCCAGCGCCAGAAACUCGACUUCAACCUCAGGUCGGACCAGUCUGGGUGGACUCCUUGGCUUCAAUCGUUUCCGCCACAAUUCGGACCUCCGAGACCGUGGAUCCUCGCCCGGCUUCCAUUCGAAGUCUAACUCAUUGUCUCCUAGCGUACAUGAGCCAGUGGUCAUUCCGGAUCGUGAGGAAGGUGAUACUCCCGGCAAGUACUUGGAGCGGCUUCAGGCAGCUGUGUCGCGAAGCCUCAUUGCAGGAAUCCUGUCAAAAUCAUCCGAUCCGUUCGCUCAAGCUGUUCUACGAAGUUAUUGCCGCAAGUUCUCUUUCUUCGGAGAGCCCAUCGAUAUGUCAUUGCGCAAGUUUUUGCUCGAAGCUGAACUGCCAAAAGAGACUCAGCAGGUGGAUCGCGUUGUUCAAGCCUUCGCUGACAGAUAUCAUGAGUGCAAUCCUGGCAUUUUCAUGUCGCCCGAUCAAGCCUACAUCAUAGCCUUUUCUUUAAUGAUGCUACAUACUGAUGCCUUCAACAAGAACAACAAGCGAAAGAUGCAAAAGCAUGACUACAUCAAGAACACGAGUGGUCAGAAUGUUUCCGACGACGUGCUGGGGUGCUUUUACGACAAUAUCUGCUACACGCCUUUCAUCCACUUUGAGGAAGAAGUAGACAUUAACGGAGAACGCCUUCUCACUUUCAAGCCGAAGAAGAGCAAACUCAGAGGCAGCAUACCUGAACCCGGAAGAAAGAACAGCGGACCGAUCGAUCCCUAUGCCCUGAUCUGCGACGGCAAGCUGGACACUUUGCGCCCAUCGAUCAAGGACUCGAUCACUAUGGAAGACCCUUAUAGCUAUCUGGGCACUGCAAACUUCUUCGACAUGAAAAAGCUGCAGAAAGCUUUUGUGAACACAGCUGUCCUUCAGAUCAUCUCCGCUCGCUCUAGACCUGCAGCUUUUGAGUCACAAGCCACACGCGACAACCCCAGCGAGUCUGCUAUAGGAUUGGUAGAUCUCAAAGUGACGAAAGUUGGUGUCUUGUGGCGAAAGUCCACCAAGCGCAAGAAGACUCGCUCUCCCUGGCAAGAGUGGGGUGCCAUCUUGACAGGAUCUCAACUCUACCUUUUCAAGAACGUCACUUGGGUCAAGGGCUUGAUGUCCCAGUACCACACUCAUGUCAAGCAAGAAGGUACCAAUACACCUGUUGUCUUCAAACCGCCGAUCCAAGACUUCAAACCAGAUGCGCUCAUUAAGACCGACGAUGCUGUCGCCUUGCUCGAUCGCAGUUACUUGAAACACAAGGAUGCCUUUACUCUUGUUCGUCAUGGCGGCCAAGAAGAGGUCCUCCUCGCCGAGAAUGAAGCAGAGGUCAACGACUGGAUUGCGUUGAUCAACUAUGCUGCAGCUUUCAGGUCUGCCGGCGUAAGGAUCCGUGGCUUUAUUGGAGGAACAGAUAACGACGUCACAAUCAACAGCCGUGGCAGACUUAACUCGACAGCAUCCGUUGAUUCGUCAAUCAACACAUCCAUCGGCUCGGCCCUCAAUUCAACGAUAACACACGAUGGACAAGUUACUGUGGAAAAGAGAGAUUUCACUCCACAUCUGGUCAGACAGGUGCUGGCUGCUCGACGACAAAUCAUGCUUCAGACUAUAGUAGAGUCAGAAAGAGAGGUCACCGAUGCAAUCAGAAGUCUGGAGAACAUGAUGAGAAACGCCCGUCACCUUCUGAUCCUCGCUCCCAUACAGCCAAAGACGCGAGAAGACGUGUGUCACGCCACAGCUCGAAUGGACGCCAUGUUGAAAUGGGUCAGACGUGACAUCUGGCGGACCAAGUGUCAUAGGGAUAUCUUGUCGCUCGAUCUGCAAGAGGAUGGAGACAUGUUCGACACCAAGCUCUCGACCCCGAUACCAAAUGUUCGCAAGACUAGCGGCCUUCAGAAGACAAUCUCAAAGACAAACUCUCAUGUCAGCCAGCAGACGAGUCCUCAGUCACCAACGCAUUCGCCACGGGUGAACGGUGAUGGCCAGAACGAGGGUCUGUUCAAUAGGGAUGUCUUCAAAACACCACCAGAGCACGCACUCAGGUUCGGCGACGCAUGGCAACUACCAAGUCCUCUUGAUCUCAAUAGUCCGCAACAACUACGUCGGCCAUCCGCUGCGAGUAACGCGCAAUCUGUCAUCAGAAAGCAUAGUCUUGCUGGCAUGUCCGUCUCGUCUAGUGUGCAGGAUGGAGACAGGCAUCUCUCCUCUGCUGCUUCUGACGCUCCUUUCAGACACGGUCACCUGACGCCUACUCACAGUUAUGAGGGUCGCGAUCAUGAGGCAGCUCUCCUUGCACGCGAUCCUUUAGCUCCAACAACAACCACUACCACCAACACCUCCACUGUCAUGUCUGAAGCUUCAGCCGCGACGCCGGAGAGUGCGUCCAAGAUCAAGAGUGGUAGGCGUAGUCUGCACCGCACAUUGCGUGAUGGCCGUCAUGAUCCAUCUUCCUCGCAACGCCACAAGAGAGGCAAGGAAAGCGCCAGCACUAUACGUUCGGAUGGAAGUCGUGUCGAUGACUUAGUUGAGGCUACUCCCGGGCUAGAGAGAAAGGCGGCAAGGUUCAUGGUGCAUGGCAAGCAAGCCUCAGUCGUCACCUUUGGUGCAGACUGGGCAGAAGAGAAAAUGCGCCGUGAACUUGCCCGCAAACACUCUGCGUCCACAGAGGCAAGUACUGAGGAGAGCGGACCAGAUGCCAAUCUUCAAUAUCAUGUGGCACAAGCGUUGUCCUCUGGCAACGGCUCUCAUGCUACCAGCCCGGAUGGCCCGCCAAAGAUGAAUGUUCGCAUUCCUAUCUUACACGAAUGGCAAGCUGAUCCUGUGGACAAAACGCCAACUGCUGCAGGCGAUAGACAUUUGCCUGAUCCAUUCAACCUCCAACACGAGCUGACAACGCCGACACUCAUGUCUAGCGACGAUGAUUUGGACUCUUACUUCGACGCAAACAGUCCACGCUCAGAUACGGUACGAGCUGGUUCACGUAAAUUCUCCGAUGCCCAGGGUCUCGAGGAUGCGUUGAGCUCCCAUGCAAGGGAAGGCAUGCUUCCUGAAGACCUCCCACUUCCAUCAUCGCCUCCUAUGGCCAUCGAGCAUGAGAAUCAUGACGACAAUACCAUCCCGUUUUCUCGGUACAUUGAGGAUGAAAAGUUGCGGGAGCUCACUUCAGCAACAAAUUAGCAAUGAACGCAGGCGUCAUUGCUUGUUGAUUGCAAGUUGCAAUUAACAGAAAAGUCCUCUGUUCUCAUACUUUCUGGUUCUUUGUUUUGUUGUUUUUCCUUUCUAGCACUCAAUCGCACGAUUCCCCCUCCUUAGGCAUUGCAUUUAUUCUUUUUUCGACCCAGACAGUCUGGCAGAGCGGUUCUUGUAAAGGAGUAUGGUUUAUUUCACGUGGCUUUUGCGAUGGCGACUCUGGGUACAAACUUUGAUCAGCUUCAAGGGCCUUUCUAGCUCCGAGACGUGAUGCUGCGUGGAAACACAUCCUAUUGACUAUGCGAAAAUGACAUACCGCAUUUUUCCACACAUGCAUCUUGAUGAAUAUCCCAUGCUGGUUUCCUAAUUUGUCCAAUGCUAACAAUGUCUGUC